GUCUUUUUACUUUGUUUUAUCAAUAAAAUGCGUGAUUCUAUAGGAUUAGCUUACCUUCUGGAUAAUAAGUGCGGCGUAUCGAAAUAUACAUAUCGAAUAACUGGAGGCAUAAAUGCUGACUUAAAUGCUGUGCCAUGGAUGGCAUAUUUUCAUGCAAAAGGAACAUUUUUUUGCGGUGGCUCGCUUGUCAAUCAUUGGUUUGUCCUGACAGCUGCCCAUUGCUUUAAACAUAAUGAUGCCACAAUAUAUGUUCGAUUGGGAGAGAACGAUGCGAGUCGAUUAUAUGAUUGCGAUGAAUAUGAAUGUGCUCCACAGCACUCAGAAUAUUGGGUGGUGAAAAAGUUCACGUACCCGUAUUUUAAAACAGCACGCUAUUAUGAUAUAGCCCUGGUAAAACUUAACCAGAAUGUUGUAUACUCAAAAAGCAUCCAGCCGAUUUGCGUGAUAUUGGACAGGCGAUGGCAAGGAUAUGUAGACUCCAUUCAAAACUUUAUGGUAACCGGUUGGGGCGCAAAGGAUUACACUGAGAAAAGCGAGAGGCUUCAGCUUGCGAAAGUUCCUCAGGUCGACCGUUGGACAUGUCGCUCCCGAUUCGGAUAUAAUGUCGAUCGUACCCAUAUUUGUGCAGGCGAUGGUAGCCAUUAUGUGGGAAAGGGCGACUCUGGAGGUCCUUUGGGCGCAAUGGUGAACAUUGGUCAGUACAGGGUAUUCGUUCAGUUCGGAAUUGUUAGCCAUCUGCGACAACCCUUCUUUGGGGUGUCAGUAUUUACGAAUGUUCUGAGUUACUCAAGUUGGAUUAAUCACACCAUUGUAAACAAUAACAAUUCUUAA